AUGCCUCGUCACCAUCUCCUCCGAAGACACGCCGCCCCCGCCCCAGAAACAACCGACAAUGACUCUCCGCAGCCACGAACAAGCGGAUCAAGACUGGGACAUGGCGCCGCGCAGCCUCAGUUCCAGACGCCGCCAGCGCGCGGUAUUCCGCAAUUGUAUCCUUCAUCCGGCCCUAUCGAAGCGGCGCAGCCGACUACUGCCCAUCCCGGUUCCGCUGCGCAAGCUGCGCUCUUUUCGUUGUUCGGGCGGGGAGUGUCGGGCCGGCAGCGGGCCCCGAUGAUGGACGAGGACGAUGAGGACGAGCCUGAGGAACUGGAAGAGGAAGAGGAGGCAGAUCAGACAUUUGAUAUGGAUAACCAGCGCCUGGAACUAGAUCCGGAGGAGGAGGAGGAGGAGGAGGAAAGGGACUUUUCCGAGGAGGAGAUGGAAGGGAUGGUUGGGGAGGAGUUGGAAGGUGAAGAGGAUGAGGACGAAUUGAUGCAUGAUCGAGACCGAUCCCCCUCCCCGCUCCCCAGCAACCUCCGCGAGAUAUCCUCCCUCGCUUCCUGGACCGUCUCAACACACAAACCCGGCUGUGGUGUCGCCGCGCUCCGACACCCCUCACCCACGCAGUACUGGCAAUCCGACGGCCCGCAACCACACACGCUGAGCCUCCACUUCUUCAAGCUCGUCGCAGUGGUGAAAAUCCGCGUCUACCUCGACUUCGAGAUGGACGAAAGCUACACCCCGACCAAGAUGACCUUCCACGCCGGCAUGGGCGGCAACGACCUCGUCGAGUUCGCAACCUGGGAGGGCGAAGGACCCUGCGGCUGGGUUGAAAUCCCGCUCGAAGGCGUCGGCGGCCGGGACGGCGGGUGGGUGCGGCGGCGACGGCGCAAGCACACGCGGGCCCGCACGCAGGACGACAAGGGGAAGAGGAGAUCUAAGGGUGCGCGUGUCGCGUGGCCGGACGCUAUGUUCUCGGACGCGGAGAACCCGGUCGAGUACGACGAGGCGGCGUACGACUACGACGACGGCGAGUCGGCCGACGAGGAUGACGAUGAUCCGUAUGCGGGCAAUGUGCUGAAGGCGAUGGUGCUUCAGAUGCGCGUAACGGAGAAUCAUCAGAACGGGAAGGAUACCCACGUGCGUGGAUUCCAGGUGUUUGCGCGCGACGAUGACCGCCGGCGAAUGGGCAAUGCACCCUCUGCUUCUGCGGAUGGCCGCACGCGAAGACACAGUGUGCGUCGGUCUCUGCGGGGGAGCGUCAAUGAUGACGGUACUGAGCGACGCAAUAUCAACGGAGAGACUGAUGGGGCGAAGGUGGGCGGGCUCGAGGAGCCGGACUGGAUGGGCGAGCCUGUGAUACGAUAA